AUGCUGGCGCUGGGAAAACAGGAUGUGGGCGACGCCAUUUUCACUCCCGCUGAGCAUCCUAACAAAACACGGUGUGUUAAAGAUAGUGCUGACUCCGCUGAAAUCCAAGAUGCGUUGCUUUCUAUAUCGUCCCUCACAGCACACUGCAUUACCUUCAAAUCCGUAGAAGACGAAAUUGAUUAUAUCGUGUUUUUGCCAGGAGAAAGAUGCCAGUCCGGCGUUGGUAAACAAGGCGGUCAGCAGAAUAUUACCUUGGCCCAAGCGUGUGUUUUCCGCGGCGCCAUCCAACAUCUCGUUUUGCACGCGUUGGGAUUAUUUCAUGAACACCACCGAGGCGACCGUGACAAUUACUUGCGUAUUUAUCUGAACCGUACGAAUCUUCCACCCGAUAGCCUAGUGUUUCACAAGUUUCCGCAGAUGCCCAGCUACGGAACAGAGUAUGACCUGGAGUCCAUUCUGCAUUACGGUGCAUUUGACCUGACAGACCCAACACACCCCAAUCUACCGGUAUUCCUUCCCAAGACCGCUCCCUCGAAGGGAAAGCGCAUUAAGAUGGGCCAGAGGCGAACCCUGAGUUCAAAAGACAUUGUUAAGCUAUAUACCGCCUACAACUGCACGAACCUAAGUAACCGUGCUCGCACUGCGGAACCAGCGCUGCAUUUUGUCACAAGCUUCGUUUCUACGGAUAUGUGUGCAACGUUGUCCAAGCUAAAAUGCGGAGAAGAUACGGUGACGGAAAGCUGUACCGGCCUUAAGGUCAUCAAACUUUCUUGCAAUAGCGGCACGACAUCCCAAGAUUGGGAAGACGCCGCUGCGACUGUCGCAAGACUGCCACUGCGCCCUGUUUCACUGCACCUGCAGGAUCGCCUUCCGAGAUACGAAGCGCCCAUUGCAUUCCGGCCUAUUCGACGUCUAAUCAGUAAUUUUAUAAUCUCGUGGUGCAAGGACAGCCGUUGCACAUCCGCGCUGUCUAUUUUCGGGCUGGUGAAUCUUUUGGGUGUGACAAUCGCCUUCAGUAGCGACUUGGUCAUCAAGAAAGCCGAUUUCAACGGGCUUUAUCGGUUGCAGUGUGUGAGUUUUCGUCGCACGACAGUACUGACGCUUGAGCCGGGAACCUUCAGCAAUCUACCUGAGCUAAAAUUACUAACAAUGGAAAGAGAAAUUCUUCUUGAUACACCUCAACAAGCUGUAGAUGUCGACGAACGAGGGGAGUAUGUAUGGCGACUGCACUGUGAUUGUGCUUUUUCACAUUUUCGCACAUGGAGAAAGAACAACAAGGCGCUGCGCUUGGAAGUAGAGGCAGGGGAAUUAGGCUCCAUUGAGGGCGUCACUUCGUACGGAGCAUUCACCAAGGACGAUGUGUUCUACCCGGUAGACUGCCGUGCUACUGCUACGGCGAAUUUUACUAUCAACUUGGGUCAAUGGGAAUAUUCGAUUAACGAGCCGUUGUGUGAAACCGGGAAUACUUCGUCUGGGCAACAUGGACCCUCAGUUUCUUUCCCGAGAGAAAAUAUGGAAAAAAGUACGGAUCCUCAGUCGAAAUCCGGUACUUUGCGAUCUCAGGCAGUGGAUAAAAAUCAGCCGAACGUAACUGAUCCGUCGCGUGCGGCCGGCACACCGUCAAACAAUUGGACAAACUCCAACGAAACUACCAGCGAGCUUCACCAGUCACCGCAAUCUCACAACUGGAUUUAUGGGUGUAUAGGCGGCGUUGCAGCUCUGUGCAUUCUACUUUCUGUCUACGCUGUUUGGCGCCGUCUUCAUGGUCGGCCUCGCCACGCCGAAAAUGCGUUGUCUGCUGACGACGGUUCACUGCUGCCAGGAAGUGUCACGACUGUGCAAAGUGCUCACGUUUCCAUAUCGUCCAUUGAGCUGACUGACCAGUAUCGUGCCGAUGCGGACGACCUGUCCCAUGUUGAUCCGGCGGUAAGCAGCACCAUACCGCUGUUAGGAGGUGACAUGGACGAUGCCGAUACGCAGAAAAGCCUGUAGCAAGCGGUUACAUUUGCCUUUUACAAUCAGUUCGUCUGGACUCUGAAUGCAACAACAUACAUACCUCUUUCAUGACCACAAAUCAAUCAGAACAAAAAAACGUUGCUCGUUGCGAUAAUACGAUGCUGAUGAGAUCUUGUUAUUAAAGCCAUGAACGUGGCACCUCCAAAACCCUUAAGCUCUGUUCCGUCGUAAGAAAUCCAGUGCGGGAACGCGGCCAUCCUCCAGGGAACAGCCU